AUGGAUUCUUCUCCUCCCUCGCAUGCCAGAUCCGAUCAAGAUUCGCUACCGACCGCCUCCGCAGCUCCGGACCAGACGAUCGCGGACGGGGGAACAACGGUGGCGGCGGACGACGGAGGAGAGGAGAAGAAGGGAGAAGCGAAUGGAGGAAGCGAAGUAGAGGAGGAGUGCGGUUUCUGCCUCUUCAUGAAGGGCGGCGGGUGCAAGGAUGCCUUUGUCGCGUGGGAGAAAUGUAUGCAGGAAGCCGAGAAGCGCGACGAGGACAUCGUCGACAAAUGCUCCGAGGCCGCGGCCCUCCUCAAGAGGUGCAUGGACGCCCACCCCGACUAUUAUGAGCCCAUCCUCCGAGCCGAGCAAGCUCUGGCCGACUCUGCUGCUGCCGCGGCCGCCAAUGAUCGUGACUCGGAGGAUGAGAAGAAGAAAGGGAAGCAUUCGUGA